GGUUGGGCACUUCCAGGAAACACAAGAUUCGGCAAAAAAGGCAGUGGGAAUAAAAUUAAAGCCAAGGUUGCCGACUAUCUUAAACAAUUUUUCCUGAAUGGUAACCUAAACCCCAAGAAUAAGCUUACGGCCAGUGCAAUGCGUAAAGAAUUGUUGGAGCUCGCACAUUCUGGAGAAAUCGACGAGGAUCAUGUACCCAAA